AUGACGUUGAGUAAGUCAUCUUUCCUUUACAACCAUUUGCCUCACAAAAUCAAGUCUUCUUCAAAAAGUACUCGUACUCCAAUCCUGUUUGAUAUUGUCCCGGAGCAUUCUGAAAAGAAGUUAGAGGCGGUAGCUACUGCGGGAGUACCUGAGCUAGAACUAGCAGAACUCAAGAUGAGCUCUAGUCCAAAGAAGAGGUCGAAAUCCGUCUCCCGCUUGCAUCGCAUUUCAGCCUAUCUUCCAAAUAUUUUUGUAGAAACAGACUCUAAAUUCAACCAAGAGAAACCUCCGCCACUACCUCAAAAUUCCAACCUUCCUAUUCGACAAUUACCAUCCCCCGAACCCUCUGCAGAUAUUCCCCCCGUUCCCGCGAUCCCUCCUAUGCCCACUAGUGCUCCGCCUGCACCACCGACUGAACAAGCGCCAAGCAAAUUACAAAAAGAACAACCAUCGCCAGAUGUACCCGAACCACCUGUCAAUCAACUUACAGAACGGAGAGGCAGACAUGGUUCCGCUUCGAAUGUGAACUCUCUUGCACCUCCAUCUCCAUUCUCGGCGAUCAGUGGUAAUGGAAACAGAACUGUAUCUUCUCCAGUCUCCAGUCGACCACCUUCAUACGGUUCCGAUGGUGAGAAUAGUGCCAAGGUAACCAGACGAAGAAGUUUCUUCCCCGGAAAGACAAAGUCAAGACAUUCAUCAUCACAUUCCGGCACAGAUGGUAGAUCAUCUGCUUGGGUGAUUGCUGGGGAUCAAAAGAUUGAUUACAAUAUAUCGCUCGUAACAAAUGGCGAGAAGGUCCCAGAAUUGUGGGAGGAAUAUUGCGACACAUUUGUACACGUUUUCCCGGAAUCAUUCAGUCAUGGACCAUCUUUCAAGGUUCCCUCCUUGAUUUUAUCAUCAUCUCGACCUCUUUACGAACUUAUAACUAGCAGUGUUGCCAAGCGCAGGUCAACAAGCUCUGAUUCCGCUGGUAGGCAAAGUCCGGACGCUCCAACUCAGACAGGCACACCUCCAUACACUCCAGUCGAUGGACCAACCGGCUCCGAAGCGUCUUCAGAUUACAUGAAUCAAUUUCCUGAAAGCAGUGGGGAGAUUCAUCUGUAUUUCCCAACAGAAUUAUCCACUGAUGAUCCGACUAAAUUCACUCCCGAUGAUAUUCAAAAUCUUGUGAAUGUUCGAAAUUUCUUCGCAUUUAUGACAGGCCAACCGCUCGUAGCUACGAAGACUUGCCCUACCAUAUAUUAUAUAUUCUUGGCCGUAUCCGCAAUAUUACAAAAGUUCGAAUUCAGCAACUUUGAUGGAUCAACAUAUGGAGAAGCAGCAGCAGCUAGCUUUGCGUUUUUUUUGGACGAGUUUCGUUUAGCAGAUGUCAGACAGGGUCGAGAGAAGAACAUCGAAGCACUUGUAAUAGGAGAACGAAUGAGAUCCACAGAAUUAUAUCACGAGGCAUUCGUACAUGCGGCUGGUAAAUGGCAUUCAAUUAAGGAUCUCAAAUCAAGCCUCUUCAAGGAGAUUUCGAACAAUACACGCGAUCGGUUGGAACGAGCAUCCUUGGAGCUUUCCCAGCGACAAAAACGUGCCGAGGAACGAUUAGUUGAUUUCGAAUACCCUGCUUUGUUUUCCGGUGCGGCAUCAUCGAAAACCAGCGCAGAAUCGAAAAUAGCUCGAUUUCAAAAUUGGAGGACAAACUAUCUAAGCAUGAGGCGGCAUAUGUUAUCGUACUACAAGAUUGUACAUGGCCAAUGGCCACCAAAGCAAAGGACCAAGAAUCAAUUCGUCGAAGGAGGCUUGAAUCGUCAAGUACUCAAGCAGCUUUACACCGAUAUGUGCAACCUUUACGACUUUAUGGCCGAUCACGAAACCAUAACAACUCGAUCUAUGGACUCGGAUGACCAGGAUGCGGCCCAUGCUAACCCAAUUCAUUUAGCAGCACGAAAGGUAUUGGCUGAAUUUGAUAGAUCUUCUCCACCAGUUCUCCCACCUAUUCCAUUCGAUGUUCCCCGAGUUCCGACUAUAGCAUCUAUUGAACCUGGCUUCCCCCUUCUAUCGCCCAAAGACCAACACAAGGCAUCAACUCGAAGACUCAAGGAAUACGAACUACUUCUCAUCUUGGCUAAGAGUCAUAACCUUGAUACUGACAAGAAAACCCCAUUCAUGGAGAUGUUCAAAACUUUUGAAGAAAAAGAGUCCAAGGGCAAAAAUGUUCAGGAAUUGUCCGACCAAAGAUAUGGUCAUUGGUUGUUUCUCUAUGCAGUCAUCCAAUCACUUCCCAUGCUUGUUGUAGAUGUGGAAAAUCUACGAUAUACUGAAGGAGUGGACUACUUCUUGUGCCAACCGCCACUAGGAAACUUACCAUGGUUGGAAGAUUCAUCUGGUGUAAAGAUGGCAUGGUAUGGAGUUCAGGGUGGUCAAGGUGUGGUCAGCUUGCCUAGCGACGUCGUCAAUUAUGGUACAGAAGGUGUUUAUCGAAGAUCACAUUGUUGGACUAUCGCGCAGAAAUGGAUUAAUAAAUCAGAAGCCAACGACUUCUCUCAAUCAUUUUCACCAAUGGACCAAGAAGAAGGAUCAAUGUCACCACUAGCACCGCCUCCUGGUUUUGGUGGAAGCUCUAGCCGACCAGAUAGUCGAGGUCGUGAUGAAUCUUCUCGAAGAUCUAGCGUUGCGAGUAACGGUAUGCUUGGAGUUGAUAAUCGUAGCACCAGUCGUCUAUCGAAGCGGAAUAGCGUGAUGCUAGGUUUGGAAAUGUUGCCAAUUCCGGGCAGCAUGGAACAUGGAUUCAGAUCAGACUCACCAGGUGGACGAGAAUCACCCGUAAGCGCCAUGGGUCGAAGAACCGCAUCUCCUUACAGUCGCAACAGUGUCAUCAGUCGAAAUAGUGUCGCCAGCUUCCAUGCAGAUGGUCGACCGACAUCUUCAGCCGGAAGAAAAGAAUCCACUUUCGAUGAUAUUCUUGGUACAUCGGGUCUAGGGAAAAAGGAUAAGGGAAAGAAGAAAUGA